CUGUCAUAGCCAGCUCUUCUUCAACACUUAAGGAUUUACUCUGGCAUUGAGUAAUGAGAAUUUCGAAACCAUAUUUGAGAAGUACUUCCAUCCAGUGCUACUUGUGUUUACUUCUGAACAGCCAUUUUUUAACUGAAGCUUGCAUUCCUGUCUUCAUUUUGAGCUGUAUCAGUGCAGGUCUUCCUAACACAGAGGCAAACUGGCAGGAUGUAAUAAGUGAUUUGAAAAUAAUUGACAAGCUUAUUCAAUCCUUACAUAUCGAUGCCACUUUUUAUACUGAAAGUGAUGUUCAUCCCAAUUGCAAAGUAACAGCGAUGAAGUGCUUUCUCCUGGAGUUACAUGUUAUUUCGCUUGAGUCCAAAAAUGAGACCAUUCAUCAAACAGUAGAAAACAUUAUUAUCCUAGCAAACAGCGGUUUAUCUUCUAACAGGAAUAUAACUGAAACAGGAUGCAAAGAAUGUGAGGAACUGGAGGAAAAGAACAUUAAAGAAUUUCUGCAGAGUUUUGUACAUAUUGUACAAAUGUUUAUCAACUCUUCUUGAUUGUGAUUGAUCCCCUUCAGCAUUUCUACUGUUAGCAAACAUCUUCCUGCGGCUUAGAGGCUGUGAAACUCUUCAUUUCAUGCAUGCUGCCCCAAUUUUUUUAACAAGAGGACAAUCUGGAAUCUUGGAUCACACGAACUCUUAGAAAUGAAGGCAGAAAAAUGU